AACACGUGACAAUUUCGAGUAAGGGCGCCAUUUGCACGAGCUCGGAGGGAUCCUUGAAAUUCUUGACUGUUUUUCGUCAAGAAACUUAACAGUUCAGAGGUACCAAACCCAACAUGCCACACGUAGACCACAGCAUCAAACUUGAUUUCAAGGAUGUGUUGAUUCGCCCGAAGAGAAGUACGCUCCGUAGCCGAGCAGAUGUGGACCUGUCUCGUCACUUCACCUUUCGCUACGCUGCAAAGAGAUUUCCUGAUGAUGUCAUUCCUAUCAUUGCCGCCAACAUGGACACUAUUGGUACCUUUGAACUUGCUCAAGCACUUUCACAGCACAAAUUGCUAACAGCAAUCCAUAAGCAUUACCCUAUAGAGGCCUGGGCAGAGUUUGCCUCAGAGCAUUCAGACGUUCUACCGUAUACCAUUGCCAGUGCAGGCAUGGCCGACAAAGAUUUGGAAAAGUUGCAAAAGAUUCUAGAGCUGGUCCCAACAGUGCCUGGUAUCUGUCUGGAUGUUGCCAAUGGUUACUCGGAACAUUUUGUUGAUUUUGUUAAAAAAGUCAGGAGCAUGUUUCCAGAGCACAUUAUCAUCGCUGGAAAUGUGGUUACGGGAGAGAUGGUUGAACAGCUCAUUCUCAGUGGUGCAGACAUUGUCAAAGUCGGCAUAGGCCCAGGUUCAGUAUGCACUACUCGUCGACAGACUGGUGUUGGCUACCCACAAAUCAGUGCUGUUCUUGAAUGCGGGGAUGCUGCCCAUGGUCUAAAGGGCCAUAUAAUAUCUGAUGGAGGUUGUACUUGUCCUGGUGAUGUCUCCAAAGCGUUUGGUGCUGGAGCAGAUUUUGUUAUGCUUGGGGGCAUGUUGGCGGGCCAUGAUCAGUCAGGAGGCGAAAUUAUUGAGAGAGAUGGAAAAAAAUACAAGAUAUUUUAUGGAAUGAGCUCAAAUACAGCGAUGAGGAAGCAUGCUGGGGGCGUGGCAGAGUACAGAUCAUCCGAGGGAAAGACAGUGGAAGUCCCGUACCGUGGGGAUGUCAAUGAUACGGCGAGGGACAUUUUGGGAGGAGUACGCUCCACUUGUACUUAUGUGGGUGCACCAAAACUGAAAGAACUUCCCAAGAGAACUACAUUUAUAAGGGUCACUAUGCAGCUCAACCAAGUGUUCUCAUGAACUCGGACAUUGUGUGUUGAAAUUCGAAUAAAAUGGACCGUAAAAUUUG